AUGUCGACGACGUACAUCCUAGGCUCUAUUAACCAGAGCCGUGGAUCAACUUAUGACUUUUCAUCAGAAAGUCCCCUAGCCGAGAUUCAAUCAUCUAGGCCCUCUAUUGCAGAUCUAAUAUACCUUCAUCUAACAUGGUCGACGCUCUGGUUUACGUUACUAUGUUUUUUCGUCGUAUUAAACAUCAAGAACAUGCCGUUUAUGUGGCACCUUCGACUUGUUAAUGCUUUCCGUUUUAUCUUACGAACACAACGGCCAGCUGUGCCGCUCACACCUGCUCAUAUCUUUCAACCUAUCAUCACCUCUUCCACGGCGCAACUCAUGGAGAUUGACUUCAACAUGCACAAAUCUAAUUCAUCAUAUUUCGCGGACGUUGAUAUCGCACGAACUCAUCUAGUCUGUACAUUAUUUGCGAAGGGCAUCGAUCAGAUGCGCGGUGGAACCGCUGCAUACACCGGGUCUAAGAAGCCCGUGUUCGGCCUUGCGCUCGGCGCUGUAUCGUGCAACUUCAAGCGCGAAGUACGUCCGUAUGAAGAGUACGAAAUGUGGUCUAAAAUUCUAUCCUGGGACGAGAAAUGGAUCUAUAUCGUAACCCACUUUGUCCGCAAGGAUGCCGCCAAGCCAAAGAAUUAUUCACUAUACCCCGAGCAGUCACCAAGCCGGAGUCGACGGAAUAGCACUGCAGAAUUGGACGAGGACCAACUUCGUUACUCGAGUCUUGACAGUGUAUCGCCCAACAGCAGCGACAUGGAAAAUGAGGUCAAACCGGACCAGCAUAUCUUUGCCACAGCUUUGAGCAAAUGCGUCUUUAAAUCUGGCCGUAAGACUGUUUCACCGGAACUCAUGCUACAGAUUUCCGGGUUAUUACCGGCGGAUAGCUCCGAGGAGAAAACUUUAGACGAGGUCACAAUGCAGGCCAUUGAGACGCGGAGGCAAAAGGGGCUUGAGACCGCACAGCUCCUUGCCGGCCAGACCCAACAGAAUCUCGAGGCCGAGUUCGCAGGUGCAGACUGCGAGGCCUUGGGAAGACACACGGACGGUGCAGGCAUUGUUGGAGUAGUCAACACUCUCAUGCAGCUUGCGCGUUUGAAAAAGACGCAAUUAUUAUGA